CGCAGUGGCUCCGCGCUCCGGUCCCAGCGCGCAUGCUCCGCUCGGCCGCUGGGCUCCAGGCCGGCAGCGGCGGUGGCGGCGGCGGAGGAAGUUUCCGCUUUGCACUCCACCCCGGUAGCAGCUCCGCGGCAGGGACAGCUUCCUCCGGACGCUUGGCGGGGUUCGCUGUCGCCGUACGGCAGCCCAGUCGGAUCAUGGGGUUACCCAAGGGGCCGGAGGGCCAGGGUCUCCCGGAGGUGGAAACAAGAGAAGAUGAAGAACAAAAUGUCAAGCUGACUGAAAUUCUGGAGCUCUUGGUUGCAGCUGGGUAUUUCAGGGCAAGAAUUAAAGGCUUGUCACCCUUUGACAAGGUAGUUGGAGGAAUGACUUGGUGUAUCACCACUUGCAACUUUGAUGUAGAUGUUGAUUUGCUCUUUCAAGAAAACUCUACAAUAGGUCAAAAAAUAGCUCUAUCAGAAAAAAUUGUCUCGGUCCUGCCAAGGAUGAAAUGCCCACACCAGUUGGAGCCCCACCAGAUUCAAGGGAUGGAUUUUAUUCACAUAUUUCCUGUUGUUCAGUGGCUGGUGAAACGAGCUAUAGAAACAAAAGAAGAGAUGGGUGACUAUAUCCGCUCCUACUCUGUAUCCCAGUUCCAGAAGACUUAUAGUCUCCCUGAGGAUGAUGACUUCAUAAAGAGAAAAGAAAAGGCCAUCAAGACGGUUGUGGACCUCUCAGAAGUGUACAAGCCCCGUCGGAAAUACAAACGCCACCAGGGAGCAGAGGAGCUGCUUGAUGAAGAAUCUCGAAUCCAUGCUACGCUUUUGGAAUAUGGCAGGUUAACUGAUACAUUGAUGAGAUAUGGAUUUAGCCACCAGAGCAAAACAGAGAAGGCUGAGGACAAGAAAAUGGCACUUUCAGCACGGCUGUCAGCUACAGAAAAAGGUGAUGCCCACGAGGAAGAUGAGCUUCGAGCUGCUGAAGAGCAGCGUAUACAAUCACUGAUGACCAAGAUGACCGCCAUGGCAAAUGAGGAGAGCCGUCUCACUGCAAGCUCCGUGGGCCAGAUUGUGGGACUCUGCUCUGCCGAGAUCAAGCAGAUCGUGUCUGAGUAUGCAGGGAAGCAGACUGAGCUAUCAGCUGAAGAAAGUCCAGAAAAAUUAGGAACCUCCCAGCUACAUCGUCUGAAAGUCAUUUCCUUAAACAAACAGAUUGUGCAGAAGACCAAACAUCUUGAAGAGCUGCGAGCAAGUCACACUAGCCUACAAGCCAGAUACAAUGAAGCCAAGAAAACACUGACAGAGCUGAAGACUUAUAGUGAGAAACUGGACAAAGAGCAAGCAGCCCUUGAGAAGAUAGAAUCCAAAGCUGAUCCAAGUAUCCUACAGAACCUGAGAGCACUUGUGGCUAUGAAUGAAAAUCUGAAAAGUCAAGAACAGGAAUUUAAAGCACAUUGUCGAGAGGAGAUGACACGGCUACAGCAAGAAAUUGAAAACCUGAAAGCUGAGAGAGCACCAAAUGGAGAUGAAAAGACCCUCCCCAGUGGAGAGCCACCUGGUACCCUGACCUCUGCAAGGACUCAUGAUGAAGACCUAGACAGACGGUAUAAUAUGGAGAAAGAGAAACUUUACAAGAUACGUUUACUACAGGCUCGAAGAAAUCGAGAAAUAGCUAUUUUGCACCACAAGAUUGAUGAAGUCCCCAGUCGUGCCGAGCUAAUACAGUAUCAGAAGAGAUUUAUUGAACUCUACCGCCAGAUUUCAGCAGUGCACAAAGAAACCAAGCAGUUCUUCACUUUAUAUAAUACCCUGGACGAUAAAAAGGUUUAUUUGGAAAAAGAGAUUAGUCUUCUGAACUCAAUUCAUGAGAACUUCUCACAAGCCAUGGCCUCUCCUGCUGCCCGGGACCAGUUUUUACGUCAGAUGGAACAGAUCGUAGAAGGAAUUAAGCAAAGUAGAAUGAAGAUGGAAAAGAAAAAGCAAGAGAACAAAAUGAGAAGAGACCAGUUGAACGACCAGUACUUGGAGCUGUUAGAAAAGCAGAGGCUAUACUUUAAGACUGUGAAAGAGUUCAAGGAGGAGGGCCGCAAGAAUGAGAUGCUGCUGUCCAAGGUGAAAGCCAAGGCCUCCUGAAUAUCCCCAGCCAUGGUGUAUGUCAUUGAUUUUAUUUUUAAGCACCGUAUAUCAACUACAAGAUCAUGAGAUGGUUGUGAAAGCAACAGUAGAAAGAUGCAGAUGUAAUGGUUUCAACAACCUGGAUGUUUUCUUUCUCCUCUGCUUCCAUUCAUCUCUGUUGGCUGUUGAUGGAAUCAGAGAGUAUAAACACAUGGCUUGGAUAACACCCGUCAUCCUCUGAAGAAUGCGGGCAAUACUUGUUCUCUGUUAAUUCAACUUUUAUGUCUCCAGUAACAUUGCACUUUUGAAGGUACCUGUAUUUGUAUGGACUCUGAAUAAAGAAUUAUUUGUUUAGCAAGUGGUAAUUGAGCACCCACUGGGAAUUAAGCACUGAGGAAGAUUCAGAGACAUGUGAAACACAGUUCCCGCCACACAGGCAUCCAGCAGGUGGCCCAGAGAGGCAGGUAGAGCCCACUUGACCAUAGAGCUGGGCCAUCUGAGGUGUUUUUCAGUAAACAAAAGGCAUUUAACUGAAUGAUCAGCCCAUGUAGUGGUCACUUGGGCUUUUCACCUGCCAUGGAACUUUUUGUUCCCAGCUCCUCCAGGUGCCAGCCAGCAGGCUUGGUGACAAAGCAACUGGAAUGAAAGUUUGAUGUCAUUGGUUUAAUUUUUAUAUGUUACUCAAGUUUAUAUCUCAGAAAAUUGAAAAUGGACCUCAUGCUGAGGACACUUCAAUAAAAAUUACACCUUCCCCUGCCCCAGUGUUCAUUUGAGUCACAGCAUGCAGAGGGGCUGUGCAUCCACCUCAUUGAAGGCACAGUCCAUGAAGCUACACUGCAGAUGGGUCAUGAUCUGAUCCAGGAGACAGAUGGACACUCUUCCCUGCACUCUAGGCAAGUAGGGUGUCAGGAAGAGCAAUGGUGUUUGCAGAAAUCCAGGGAAUUUCCUGGAGGAGGCAGCAUUUGGGCCCAAUGUAAAGGGAGAAUUGGAUGUUGAUAGGUGGCAGUAAGUCUGUUUUAAAUGAAAAUACGCUAUGAUUAAAAACCCAAGAGGGUGCAGAGGAGUGCAAGGCAUGCAUUUUGUGAAAGGAAGGGAUAAGCCAGUCUCUGCAGGAGGCUUCAAAGACCCAUCUGGGAAGUAGGGCCAAGACUAGGCUUUGGAAGGUCUUGAAGGGCAGUUGAGGGGUUGACUUUAAUCCUUGGAAAUGACCAGUGCAGAUCAAACCCAGUUACUAAUGCCCUGGACCUCAGGAGUCUGGUAAAGCAGUCAUGUUCAGUACGUUUGUGCUCCAUUCUGCAUAAAUCUUGCAAACAUACCAGGCAGCAAGUUUGGACAGUAACACAAAAGCUUAAACAUGUCAACCAAGUGAGGCAUUCAGCGGCCACAGAAGUGUGUUCAUUUUUAGUUCCCUAAUGGAUGUGAUUAAGCAGGGCUGAUGUGUACAGAUUUAAAAACACACACACGUGUUUGAUUAAAAACAGCCAUUGGUUUCAGUGCCAGGGCCCACAUGGCCUGCCUGAGCCAGGCAGAAGCAUUAGCUUCCAAAUCGAAACUGCCACCUGUGGAUGCUUCCUGGGCCAUGUGCAGCUCCGCCUCAGCUGGUCCCUGAGCUAUGGUCAUGUGGGGGCUUUGAAGGGCUCAGUGAAGUUGAAGGAAGUAAUUGCAAAAGAACAGGUGGCGCUUUGAGGGCAGGCAAAGGAGACAAGUUUGUGUUUGAACUCAUUUCAGUCAGGGAAACAUCUGUGUGAUCUUGUUAGGAAUCUUACAGGCCCACCCCUGGCUAACUGAACUUUGUGAGUAGUUACUUGAAUAUUUGUCCACAGGUGGUAGGGAGGCAAAUGACAUUCUGUGGUUACUGGAGUCCACCUCUGUGUUGAUGGGGAAACUAUGGCAUGAUUAAUCCAAAGCAACCAGUAAUUCUUUUUGAAAGUGCAGGCAUUUAUUUUGAGCUCUAUUUCACAGGUGUUUCAUUUGGUUGGGUUUUGGUGUACAGAGGUCUCCAUCGAUCUCUUAUUUCCUUUUUUUUUUUUUUUUUAUUGCAUUUUAGGUUUUGGGGUACAUGUGCAGAACGUGCAAGAUAGUUGCAUAGUUGACCCAGCAAUCCCAUUACUGGGUAUAUAUCCAAAGGACUAUAAAUCAUUCUAAUAUAAGGACACAUGCACACGAAUGUUUAGUCCCUUUUUUUUUUAAUCCACAAGGCCUAGUACAGAUAAAUCAGUUUCUGUUGCCUGAAUACACUUUAAAUUAGACCACAAAAGCCAGUUUGAGAAAUUCACACUUGCUGCAGACAACUCCCAGUGUGGACAGUGCCUUUCUGAGUAAUUAGGAUGUUACAUGACUUUACAAUGAGGCCAUACAGGCUAAGGAGAAGCCCCAAGGAGGGCUGAUCAUUUCAGAAACCACCCAGAGAGCCAGAAGGGGGCCUCCCAGGGUUACGGCUCUCUGUGUGCCUAGAUAUAACAUGGCAUUGUGCUCUAAGCCCACAGGCUUCUCCAGAGUUAAAAGGAAGUGAGAACAUCCUUAAGUUGCUUUUUUAAAAUGUGCACUUCAGGAGGAACCAGGUUUCCCCAGGAAGGGGCAGGCUCCCUGCUCAGUCAGCACAAGGAGUUGCUAGUGGGCAGCCUGCGCAGUGCCGUGAACUCUGCCAGCCUCUGGGUCAGGGGCUCCCUCCCACUAUGUGCUUCUCAUGGAGUAGAUGGGACUGCUCUGCUUUGAGCCGCAAUCAUAGCUGUUGUGAGCAGGACAAGAUUGGGUGAUCAAGAAUUGUGUUGGGAGACACUGGGACAUUUUUUUAUGUCUUUGACCUGCAUUCCAUCUCUAUUGGAUGACUGGGGUUACCUACACCACCAGAGGGAGGUGCAGAGUGUUAAACAGAGUCACACUGAGGGGUGUUUUAACAGAGGACAAAUUCCAGUUUGUCAGGCAUAUCUCUGUUAGAGUCUGGAGUUCAUGGUUUUAUCGGUUCUGGCUCGUUGCCCCUACAUACUUUGAAGAUAGCUGGGUCCUGCCAGUGUCCACUGAGUCUGUCAGCUGGGGAAGCAUUCUCUGACAUCACUGAGCCCUUGGGAUCUCCUGAAGCAAAGGCUGGGGAAGGCCUUCAGACAGUCCUUUUACUACCUCACAAAGUGCCACUCCCGGGACCUCAGACCUCAGGGUUACGACAUUGAUGUCAGUCCCCAGUCACGUCUCUAGUGACCAAAGCAGACCUGCCUAAAAGGGCUUUCCGGACAGUGAGCCCUGGUUGUAACCUGUGCCCUCACAUUUCUCCUUCCUCAGAUGGUCUUGUUUGCCCACUUUUUAAGUGACUGAUGAUCACCCUAAAAGGGAGGUAGGCAUCUAGCAGUAGCACAGUUACUUUGACUGAGCCUGACCCCUUGUUCUGAAGUGCAGAUGUUGGGUUGAAACACGCAUUAAGGAAGAACACUUUAAGGAAGCACUUUAUGAUUUACUCAUGGCCAGUGUUGGCCUCAAGGUAAAAGAACAUCUUAAUGUAGAAUAGUACAACAAGAGCCCCAUAGGAAGGGGCACCAUCAUCCAUCCCUCUGGUUGGGAUUGCCAAGGAAAGUGCCUUGUUCCGUGCAUCUUCAGAAUCCCCCACACCCUCUCUUGAUCCUUUUCAUGAAGUCCAGAGCAUUCCUUCUAUGACAGGCUGAAGAUGCUUUGUAAAAGGCAAUGCUAUAAUAGCAUUCCCUCUUUUCACAGUAAAUGUGCAAAAAUCCUGGGGUAUUUGGUGCCUGAUUUGCAGCAUACUUGACCACACGGAAUACCGUGGAUAUUCCACGCCAGUCUUACAUCCGUCCCCCAAAUAUGCCAAGCUCAUGCCUGCCCAUGGCCAUUGGCCCUGGGCAACAAAAGUAAGGGCCUUUCCUGUCCUACCACAGUCUCCCUAGCAUCUGGCUCAAGGUAGCUGACUGAAUGGGAAAUUCCGGUUGGAUAAAACGGCAUUUCUAAAUUGCAGCUUUGCAUCUCUGUUUUAGCAAAAUUAGAUUUAACCUUUCCUUUACUGUAUGCAUAGUUUGAGAACAGGUAAAACAGUUUUCACAACUUUAGAGGGUUUCUUAAUGUUUGUUAUACCGGAACCUUGAAGUUUGGGAUGAAACAAGGUGUCAGAGGUUUCUAAUCUUUCAAAGGAAUUACCUUUUACAGAUUGUUUUUUAUUCCCCAAGAAGGGAAAAAGAGAGAGAGGGAACGAUUACACUAAUGUCAGAGAUAAGGUAUGUUUUGGCUUAAAAUGUGUCAUGAAUCUCAAGGUAACUUGAUGGGUAGAAAUGUCUCAGCCAUAUGAACCAAGAAGUGAGACCAGAGUGCAUGGCUGUGGGUGGCAGCACUGGAUACGGUGUUGGCAGGAGUGUGACCUAUAGGCGCUCCAUGGGGGACAGCUGUAUAGUGUCCAUCAAAAGUGCAAAAGCAUAAGCUUUUUGAACCAGCAAUGCUACUCCUAAGAAUUGUUCCUGUGUACAAUGGUUUUUGUUGAAACAUUAUUUGUAAUAGCAAAAAGUUGGAGAGUGCCACCAAUAUAGGGGAGUGGUUAAAUACAUUAUGGCCAGCUUAAACAAUGGAAUAGUUUGCAGAAGUUUAAAAGAAUGGAUCCUGUGUUUAUGUACUACCAUAGAAUGAUCCCUAAGAUGCAUGAUUAAAUGGAGAAAAAAGAAGCUCAUGGUAUCCUAAUGUUUGGAGUGGAGAAAAAUGUGUAGAUUUGUGUGUGUGCAUAUGUUCUCACACAGACAUAUACAUGUGUAUAUCAUGUAUCUGCCUACAUAAGCCUAGGAGAUCUCUGGGAGGAUACUCAGCAACCCGGCAGCCUGAUUGCCUCUGGGAAAAGGGGUGGGAAUGACUUUUCAAUGUACACCUUUUGUACCUUUUGAAUUUUGUACCAUGUACAUGUAUUAUCUAUUCAAAAAUAAAUAGUUUCUAAUUUUUAA